AUGCAAUCUCGUCUUGAUGCGGAAACAGCAAGUAUUUUGGAAAAUGGGAAAGUUCUCGAUGAGAAUUCUUUAAAAAAAAAGACCUUCCUAAUGAAUAUGUUCCGAACAGCUGUUUUAAAAGUGAUGACCGAACCAGCUGGGGAUGAUUUCGAGGGUGAGUUUUCGUUUUUUUUUCUCUCAAAAGCUUGA